GGCUACGCUGCGUUUCUCCACCGACGCCAACACGCCUGCUGCUCCUGCAUUUUGCAACCUGCGACUUACAACUUCCACCUGCAUUGUCUUCAGCAAUACGGCUCUUUUUGUUUUAUAUCGCUAGCCGACGUUCGUAUUCUCCUCCAACUGUGUUUCUGCUCUCCAGAUUCACCCUGCAGCCUACCAAACCCCGUGCCCCGCGGGCAAUCUCCUCUGGCAGUUACUCACACCAUCCCACCUUCAUCCGCCUCGAGUGUUCGAGUGUCACUCGAAGCGACACAAGCUUGACAGUCCCCUCGCAAUAUUCUUCCCCUAUAGAAGAGUGAGAUUUCCCAAAGUCGCAGCCGAAUGACGAAGCCCUCGGUUACUGUCACUGUUGCGCCCAUGCUACUGCCAGAACCUAGCGCAAGAGAGAACAUAAUCACCAUGCUAUUGUGACUGCGAUUCUUUCACCAUUAUAUCGCGACAUCAGUCUACGAUUUCUCCAGCUCCAGAAGACCACAUUUGCCUAUACUGACUACCUCUUGACCUCUUUACAAGACCUACCUUCCACAGAAGUCCUGGUUGCCACAGCCAUGGACUCAGCGGCAGACUCCCUCCUGGCUCUUUCCAAUACCGCCGUAGCCUACGCCCCCAAAGACGAACCCCUCUCCGACGACGACCGUUCCAGCAGCCUGAGCGAGUUGGACGAUGAUCUUGAAGAUGGUGAAGAAGAAGACAUGGAGGCCGCCGUCGUAGCUGAUGUGGAUUCUGAAGCUGAGACCGAACGCCUACAAGCCACUCCAGAAAAUCUAGCCAGGAAAAAACCCCUCGAGAUCAGCCCGAGCAAACUAUCCCAAAGACAAGACAUUGACAUGCGACCAGAGAUAGAGAGUUUUACGGAAAGUCCUGUGUCGUCCCCAAUCUCCUCCCACCACGAGUCGGAUCAUGAAGAAGGCAUAAGCGACGGGCAAGAAGCGGAUGAAGACGCCCAGGAAGCCCCCGUAGUAGAUCCUGCAGCUUCCCCGAACAAGCGCAAACGGGAAGAAAGCGAAUCAGAUGUGGAAGAGGCCCCCAGGUCACAGAGACGACGGACAGGUUCUGUUGAGACCGAGGAUGACAAGUCUGAACCAGACACCGAUGGCGAGGAAAAUGACAGCCACCAUUUACGGGAAAAUACCGUUGAGCCCGAAGUAGGGGCUCCCGAGCACGACGAAGAAGUAGUGGAGCCAGAAGAAGAGCAGAAAGAAGCUGAAAAGGUCGAUAGUAGCGAGGACUCCAAAGACAAAGGCAAAAGCAGACCUCGCAGGAAGGCAAAAGAUCCCGUCAUCCAGGAACUUCGACAUGAAGACGAGGAGGACGCUGCACAUGCAGAAGAUUCCGAGGUCGUCGAUGACAACGAUCUCGAGGCCGCAAUAAAAAGUGAAGAGGAACAUGCGAAGCGACUGGCGGCCAUGGAAGCCCUGACUGCACUCGAGAGACAUUUUGCGACAUUGAGGGACCGUCUCUACGAUGAAAGAAUUGCUGCCAUAAAUCACGAAUUGCAGCUUUUGUCGGAACCCAAGCCGGCUCACCCUGAAUUAAUUCGCCAGGUCGAAGUGGUACAGAAAUACCGGGAUGAGAAGUAUGAGAUCGAGCAAAAGCUGCUAGUCUACAAGGUCGGAGCCCUAAAGAACAAGGCAGUCGCUGAACGGAGUCAGAUUCACAGUCAAUAUUUCCAGACGGUCAGAGAUAUUCGAGAGAGGCAUCUUGAACGCCUUAGCGAGCACUUCUAUCGAAUUCAACGAGACAGAUUCAAGGCCGACUCUUCAGUACCCAGCUUCAGCAUACCUUUCCCAGAACGAAGGUCGCAGCAGAUCCUGCAGCAAACAGCCUACAAUAAAGAAGUUUCGAUCCUCGCAGGCGUCGCCAAAUAUGUCGGCUUUCCUGCUGCACCAGAGUUGGCUGCAUCAAAGCAGAAGGACAUCGAGGAUGACAUCCAGAAGAUGGGAAUCUCGCAGAGUCAGAUUCGGGCUAGCAGACCCAAUCAACGCCCAGCAGCUCAGACACAGAUAUCGGGACCCCAAGCAGAAGAGCAAUUUCUCGAACAGACACCGUGGGCUAACCCUCAACACCCCAUCCAUCGCCUGAGUCGACAAAAUUCCAACCGCUCUCCAAUGAGCGAAUUCCUCACACCAGCGAAUCAGCAACGGAACGUGAGCGAUGGGCUCCAACCUCCGGGCGGUUCAGCAUCUACCAUUGUCGACCCUUCUGCUUCUGCUCCGGUGUCUUCAGCAAUCAACACUCCUCACGAUGACCAAAGUAGCGCGACAAAAGCAGAAGUACAAGCUGGUGGAGGGUCGUCUGGUAUGCAGAAUUAUCGCAUGCAUUCGGCAAGUCCUCUGGACAUGCGGCGGCAACCCGUUCAAGUCGACAACUCCGAUUUACAGCGGCAGCAAGGGAGGGAAAAGGAUAUUAUCGGUAGUGGACGGGAUAUGGGUUCUUCGCCCUUAACUUCCCGAGCCUAUCUCAAUUCGUCGGGACCCCGAGCUCCUGCCAUUACAGCGGGAACUGGAAGGUUCAGCGUUCGCUAAUAUUCAAUGAUGAUGAUGAUGGUAAAGUGAAGAUACACAGUCUGGCGGCUUAUGAAAUGAAGGAUGAAAGAACGCCUUUGAUAGACGCUGGUCAAAGCCCUUCCAGACUCUCGAUUCACAAGUUUUGCAUCUUGGAUAAACUUUAGCUGAGGAUAUUUUGAUAUUGAAUUCUCCCUUGA